AUGGCUGGGAGCAUCAAGAAAGCAAAAACUACGAAAACGAAAACUUCGAAAACAACGACCCAAACUGGACCUAAAAAAUCGAAGAAAUCAACGCAUCCGAAAAGAUCCGAAAAGAAACACGAAAACUCAAAUUCCCCGAAAAAGAUAAACGGGAAGAAAUGUAUUCUUUACGGAAUCCCAAUUUUGAUCAUUUUUGCUCUGGUUGCGGCUUUGAUUGUUGUCCUGACAUUGGGGAAUGUGAAUUUUGGAGAAGUCAAAGAAGAAAUCAAAGAAGAAGAUAAAAAAGAAGUCGAAGUUUGCAAAACUCCAGAAUGUAUCAUGUUAGCUCAUCAUUUGAGCAAUUGGAAAGACAAUUCCGUAGAUCCUUGUAAAGAUUUCUUCAAAUAUUCCUGUGGAAAAUACAAUGAGCAUAAUGUUGUGGAAUACUCUCAAUUGACGAAGAAAACUUUGAUAUUGAAAGGAUUGAUUAAAGAGUUUCUUAAGAAAAACAAACCGUCUAAUUCGAAAACAGAGCAAUUGAUGACCCAUUUGUUUAGGAAAUGUGAAGAAAGCAAAGAUGAGAGCAUCAAGGAUAAAAUCGAAAAGGAGAGGAUCGAAGACAUCAAAAAAGAUGCCUUGAAAAUUGGUUGGCCUUUGGCAGAUCCAACUUGGCGUGAAAGUAGUUUCGACUUGGCUGAAUUGCUCGAACAAAUCCCUACAAUUCUUGACGGAGAAAGAAACGAAAUAGGCUAUGGAAUAUUCAAUAUCUGGAUUCCUGCUGCUCAAAAAAUAUUCAUCGGAGCGACUAGUGAAUCCUUCACUGAUUUUGGAACCGUCAAAAAGGUAAUAUUAAAAGUUCUGGGAAAAGACGCAUCUUCAAACCUGGAUAAUAAAGUGAAAGAAAUCAAUGAAUUCAGUAAGGAACUGCGAGCUAUUGAUGCUUCUAUACCUCUAUCAGAUGAUCCGAAUCAAAAGUACUCCAACAACUUCAAAGAAAUGAAUGAUGCUCUUCCUGUCUUUGAUUAUUUGAUCAAGUCACUUCUAACAAAAGGAUCAAGAAGUUGGCGAAAAAUAAGUGAUCUUGUUUAUAAGGACAAAAGAAUAACUGCAAACUACUUGGUUUACAAAUAUGUUUCUAAUUCUUUGAGGUUUACACCUGGUUAUUCAGAAUGUCAUCAGGUUGUCAUUAAUAACCUCCCACUUCCCUCUCCCAGAGUUUUUAUUCGAAAUCAUUUUGACAAAGGUGCUUUGAAAGAUGUAGACAAACUUGUUGAGGAUAUCAGAUCUAGCUUUAUCGAAAUGCUCGAAAAGUCUGAAUGGAUUCAUGAGAAGACAAGAAGUGCUGCAAUUCGGAAAGCAAAAGCCAUGAAAAAGACGAUUUCAUACCCAGGCGAAUUGGAGAAACCAGGAGCGUUGGAUAAACAUUUUAAUAUUCAAUUAGAUCCAUCCGAUUCGUAUUAUAUAACUAUGAGAAAAAUCGACGGGGCAUCAAUGAAUCUUCUGAUGGAUUAUGUCUCUUCGGAUUUUGCAAUGGGUCCACAUUUCAGUCUGUCAUCUAACGCUGUGCAUUCUUUUUUUGGCAAUUCAAUCAAUAUCUAUGCUCCGAUCAUGGACGAUCCUUUAUUCCAUACGAGUUUCCCGAACUAUGCGAAAAUUGCUGGAAUCGGUUCCAUUAUUGGGCAUGAAAUCGGUCAUGGAUAUGAUAUCAAGGGAAUAAAUUUUGACGAAAAUGGAAAUUUGAAAACGUGGUUUGAUGGGGCAGAUCAAAGGGAGUAUGAGAAGAAAGCAGCGUGUCUUACCAAUCAGUAUAAUAACUACGAUGAUCCUAGUUUUGGAAAGACAUUGAACGGCACUCUCACUGUUGGAGAAAUGAUGGCUGACGAAAUGGGGCAGGAUGCUGCAUGGAGAACAUUCAAAAAGUUGGAUCUGUCUCAGGAGAAAAGAAUCAUUGGAUUCGAGGAUUACAGUAUUGAAAAACUGUAUUUCCAGAUUGAAGCAACAAAGCGGUGUUCUCCACGAUCGCCGUUAACACUCGAAGAGCAACUAAAAGAGGUUCAUGCAACGAACAGUUUUCGAGUCAAUGGAGUGUUUGCGAAUGAGAAAGCGUUUGCAGAGGCGUUCAAUUGUCCAACUGGGUCGCCCAUGAAUCCUGUCAAGAAGUGUACAAUGUUUUGA